CGGUUGAGAGAGAGAGAGUCGCGGCCGGCGGGACGCACGGAGCAGGAUGGGCUGCAGGCACAGCCGACCCAGCCGCUGCAAGCGCGAGGAGAAGGUGGAAGAGACACAGACAGAACUCCUGGAGAUGCUAGACAAGGAGGGAAGGAUCCUGGAAGGAAGGCGUGAGGAAGCUGGGCAAGUCCCAAAGACAUCAAAUGCCUGGGAGAAAGACACACUCAGUGACUGUGUCCAAGAGGCCAAGGCUCCAGUGCAGAACACCUGUGGGACGCUGGCCUCACCAGAGGAGGCCAUCCAAGCUAAAGCGAACAAGGCGGACGGGUCCCUCCUUAGCCAGCUCUAUAAGAACCACAUCCAGGAUUAUGGGAGCCCCGGCCCAUUCUGGGAGCAAGAGCUGGAGAGUUUGCACCAUGUUAUUGAGAUGAAGAAUGAGCGAAUUCACGAGCUGGAGAAGCAGCUCUUCCUCCUGGAGAUGCUGAAAGAAAAAAACCUGAUAUUAGCACUGAAAAACACCACCCUGCGGCAGGAGGUUGAGGACCUACAAUUCCAAGCUGGGAACAGGCAGUUCCAGAAAGAUCUAAUUCAGGACCUCGAAAAGGAGUCACAGAAUGGCCACUGCGGCAGCAGACGGAGGAGCCACUAAACCAUCUGAGUCCCUGGGGCCAGGACCUCCUCCAUCUUAUCCUGCCCUCUGCCACACUGCAGAGGCCUCUGUCUUUGGUGUACAGGCGCAGGGCCUGAGUCCACCAUGGUUCUCAGACUCAACACUCCCUCCAAAGAUUCUGCGGAGAAGAGAGUAUGAGCCAUGCCAUUCUUCUCCCAGGAUGGAGAAGGUGGGAAGGAGAUGUGUGUAGCCGGCAAUGCUGUUGGGGAAGUUUGGACGACCAGGACCACCCUGAGAAAUGCCUUCCUGUAGGGAACAAGGAGGUAGAGUUAUCUUUCUCCCCUUUCCUCUGUCCCCAUGAGGGCAUUCAAAUCUUCUCCCACAGCAGCUGGAGCCACUUGUACCAUCUGACAAAGAGGGGACAGCCCCAAUCCCAGUUUCUGACAACUCAACUCACUGACCCAUCAAGUUUUUGUUACCACACCCCCAAGUCUCUCACUCAGAGAAAACCUGUAAAAGACAGACACAAUCUAGGAAAAAGGAGCCGAGUGGGGUCUCAACACAUAGCCUAACCUUGAACUCCACAUCGCUAUGCCUUAGCCCCCUGAGCACUGGGAACGUGGGCAUGUGCCACCCCAGCCAGCUGGAUAAAGGGUUGAGUCUGCCGUAGAGCUAAGCACUGUUAA